CUUACCACAGCCAUUUAAUCUGGCGCGUCCAGCCAGCGCGUCAUACGGGAAGGGGGGCUAGGCGUGGAACUUGGCAAAGUGCUGCAAGCAAACGUUGCUGCUGCGUUUGACUUUCCCCAUUCCUCUUAACUCACCACCACCCCACACCAUGUCCCCCGCGCCCCCCGUGUUCAAGAUCGCGCCCGGCAUCCAGGCGUACGACUGGGGCAAGAAGGGCCACUCGAGCCUCGCGGCGCAGUUUGCCCUCGAGUCGGUGCCCGACUUUGAGAUUGACGAGGGCAAGAGCUAUGCCGAGCUCUGGAUGGGAACCCACACCACCCUCCCUUCGCGCGUCUCCACCACGGCCCUCCUCUCCGACCACCUGCGCCAGCACCCCGAGUUCAUCGGCGCAAAGGUCGCCGCGCGCUUCCCCGACGAGGCGGCUGUUGGCCAGCUGCCCUUCCUCUUCAAGGUGCUCUCUAUCGGCACUGCGCUGAGCAUCCAGGCGCACCCUGAUAAGGCGCUGGCGAAGCAGUUGCAUGCGGAGCGGCCAAACGUGUACAAGGACCCAAACCACAAGCCCGAGAUGGCGGUCGCGCUGACCGACUUCCGCGGCUUCCUCAACUUCCUCCCCACCCCCGCCAUCGUGGAGCACCUGCGCAGCGUGCCCGAGCUCGCUGGGCUCAUCCGGCCCGAGGCGAUCCAGCAGCUCGACAGCGUCAGCGGCACGCAGGACCCCGUGAACGCUGCGCAGAAGACCGCCCUCAAGGCCGUCUUUGGCGACCUCAUGGCCGCGCCAGAGGCCAAGUACCGCCCUGCCGUAGAGGCGCUCAUCGCGCGCUACAAGUCGGGCAAGGUCGCCGCGAGCGAGAAGCCGAUCGCCGAGCUGGCUAUCCAGCUCGACGCCGACUUCCCCGGCGACGUCGGCGUGCUCUGCGUCUUCUUGCUCAACGUCGUCGACCUCAAGCCUGGAGAGGCCAUCUUCCUGGGCGCUGACGUGCCGCACGCGUACAUCUCUGGUGACAUCAUGGAGUGCAUGGCCCAGUCGGACAACGUCGUUCGCGCCGGCCUCACCCCCAAGCUCCGCGACGUGCCGACCCUCAUCGAGAUGCUCACGUACGAGGCCGGCCCGGCAGACAAGCAGGUGCUCCACGCCGUCGAGUUCAACCGCGACCCCGCGACCAAGAUCUACGACCCGCCCAUUGACGAGUUCAGCGUGCUGCGCACCCACCUGGCCAAGGACGAGGUGACGACGCACCGCCCUAUCGACGGCCCGUCGAUUGGCAUCGUGACCAACGGCGAGGCGGUCGUGUCGUGGGGCUUUGAGGAGGAGCUGAUUGUGACUCGUGGCGAUGUGUUUUUCCUUGCCGCUGGGCACGAGUACAAGUGGCAGGCGAGGAAGGACAGCGAGAUCUUCCGCGCGUUUGUCGAGGCGGCGUAACGAGACACGAGCGGCGUCAGCCGCGAGUGGAGCGGGCCGAUAUAGUGUAUAGAUGCAGGACAUUAGGCAUGG